AUGAGACCUUUUAUUACGACUACCAUAUUGGGAUUGACCGCGUUUGCCGGAGAACGUGUUCCGGUUUACGUCUACGUUGAUGAUUGGAACUACACUGGGUCUGCACUUACUGACGAGUUGUACAAGCUGUCUCAGCUUGGAGUGAGCACGAUUCUGCUUGCUUUCCACCUUGUCGGGAAUGCGCAGUUUCCAGCGAAUGUUGCUGACACGGUUGCUGCCUGGGCUGCGUUGUCGGAAUCUGAUCGUCAGGCCUUCGUUGAUAAGCUGCACGCUAACGGGACUAAGUUGAUGAUCUCGUCGGGAGGCGAAUCUGAGGGUCUGAAUUGGAAGGCCGUGGAUGCUACGACGUACGGUACUGAUCUCUGCAAUUUGAUGAAGAGCUUGAAUGUUGAUGGCGUUGAUUUCGACAAGGAGGGCUUCGGUUAUACUGACACCAGUAUUUUGGACUGGGUGAGCAAAGCUACCAUCGCUUGCCGCUCGGUAUGGCCGGAAGGCGUUAUCACUUCAGCUCCUCAAUCACCUCACAUGAACCCCAUUCCGGACAGCUGGGCCGAUCUGUCGAAGAUGAGCGCCGAUCAUGACCACUAUCUGAUCCAAUAUUACAACCAAGGAACUUGGACGAAGGAUACUACAUACAGCGGGCUGUUCGAAGGCAACGGCGUAGGUGCUAUUAACGAGUUGUAUGCCAGAUACCCGAAUGCCCCGAAGGACAGGUAUGUGGUGGGCAAGCCUCUUCGAGUUGGAGACGCCAGUGCUGACAGUUAUGUACCCAUUCCGCAGUUGCGCGAGUUCAUUUGCAAGGCUUGGAAAGAGAUGGGAUACAGAGGGGGUGUCAUGUUCUGGAAGGCCCAUCUCGGUGAAGAUAACAGUGACCUCGGUGUGAUGGCUGCACCUUGUGACGGGUCUUCUGGUGACAACAACAACACCACUCCUAGACCAGUGACUACUGCUGCCACCACCCCUAGACCAGUGACUACUGCUGCCACCACUCCUAGACCAGUGACUACUGCUGCCACCACUCCUAGACCAGUAACUCCGCGUCCUACCACUACGGCCCGCCCUACCACUCCUCCCCGUCCUACCACUACUCCUCGUCCUACCACUACUCCUGGCCCCGUGACGACCCAGGGAGGUAAUUCGAGUGGAGGAAACUUGAUCUCUGGCUGCCAGUCGAUGCUGACUUCUGCGGGUCACUGGGUUGAUACCUGCAAAGCCUUCUGCGCAUCUUAUGCACCCGGUGGUGAACUCGCCCCGUGGUGCCCGGGGGUAACCACGGCUGAUGCUCUGGCAAAAUGCGUUAUCAGCCAACAGACAUACUGCCAAAUUGCGUAG